UUCCCAAUAUCUUUUCAUUUAAUUUCUCACAUUAUUAACAUUAAAUAUACAUAUUCUCACAAUAUCUUAACAUUUUUUAGUAUUUUUUCUGCGCAACACCCUCCAAUUAAUUUAAUUUUCUCAGAUUUUUUAUUAGAGUAUUUAUUGUUUUACACCUUUCCUUAUUUGACAGGUGCUUUUUUAAAGAAAAUAAUUUUUUUAAAAAUAAUUUUUAGUAAUAUGACUGAUGAACAAAAAAUGUUAUUUUCUAAAUAUUUUUAAAUUAAUUAAAAUUAUAUUUUUAUUUAUUUUAUAUUUACAACCUUUAAUUAGUCCAUCGUUGCCAGAAUAUCCGUUUAUAAGUUGUUUUUCUUGCGCCUCUGAGGAAUAUGAAAAAAUCUUUCAACGUUCUAAAAAUUCAGCACUUUUUGGUCGUCCAUUACUUUUUGACCGUUUAUGUGAUAAUCGAAUAGAUUUAGUUUCUCUCAGUCCAUCAGCAUUAGUUCCUUGUGAUACAGCUUGUAUUAGUGUUUUAGAGCCUCAAUAUUUUGGAGGUGUUCAAAACGAGAGAAGACCCUUUUCUUUUGUGAGGGGAUGUGCUUCUGAUAUUUUUGAAUUAGCUAUAGCUACAUCUGGUAAUAUUGGAGUACCUGCAGAAAUUGAAUAUUUACAUAGAGCACAAGCUUGUAUUGAAUUACCUAUUGGGAGAAUAUGGCCUUUACUUGGUGGUGUAGACAAUAAUAAUAGAGAAUUAGUCAGAGUUUGUAGUUGUGGUACAGAUGAAUGUAAUAAUCAUGAUGAUGUAAAUAGUGCUGAGUUAAGUGGUACAAUCAGAAAUAAUUAUUUAAAUAUUUUAUUAUUUUUUGUUUUUGUAAUUAUUUUUUUAAAUUAA